AUGUUUAGCAAAGAGAUUCGAGCGGCGGCUAUCGAGGCCAUCAAGGCAGCAGCCCAAAGAAGAAGGGAGGAGAUGGUUGCAAAAGUUGGUAGGCAGUUGUACGCUCUGUCUGCCGCCCAGAACAGGGCCAACUUGAACUCUUCCGUGGCGUCAUCGAACGCUGUUCAUGGUGGAGAGCAGGAUGCGAACUAUGGGGCUUCUGCAAACUCCAAGAAGGAGAAGAAGAAGCGGAAGGAGACGGUCACGUCUCCCUCUUCCACCGACCAGCAGACGACAGAUGAUGCGUCUGUAACCGGGGAGUUAUUGGACCCCGAGACCGAUAGUAUGUGCCCUUGUAUGGGGGAGAGAGAAAAGAGAGGGAGUAUGUGUGUACCCCGGCUAACUCGUUCAAAGAAAGCAGCUCUUCCCCUUCGGCUGGCCCCUCAUCUGGCCCUUCGUCUGGCCCUUCUUCUGUUUCUUCGCCUGUCACUUCGCCUAUCUCCUCACCUGUCUCCUCACCUAUUUCUUCGACUGUUCCUUCGACUCUUCUCUCGACUGUUCCUUUGGCUGACCCUAACCAGCCACCCGCGACUGUCAGGAAAGGGCUCCAUCGGGCCAUGGUGA